GUCAAUUUCAAAUGACAUAAAAUUCUAUUCAAAAUCUAUGGAGACUGGAUUUUAUUGGAUAUUUAAUAUUUAGAUUUCAUGUAAUUUUCCUACUAUUUAUUGUUUACUUAAUAAACUGUAAAUAUAAUAAGAUGUCCAUGAUGAUUAGGAACUUGUGCAGAGGGUCACGUUUUAUUAUGUCUAAUUCUCACACCAAAUGUCCUAAUAUUUCAAUAAAAACCACGAUACGAUUGAAUACAUCUGUUGCAAAUGCUCUGAAAACGUACAGAGUUAAACCUAAAAAGGAGCCUGGAGAGGUUUUCAAGUGGAUAUUAUUGAUGAUUCCGGUGAGCUCCUUUGGUUUGGGAUGCUGGCAGGUCUACAGGUUGAAUUGGAAACUGGAGCUGAUCGACAUCAUGCAAUCUAAAACAAGCGCAACACCUAGGCCCAUGCCUAGCGACUUUUCAGAUCUUGAAAAGAUGGAGUACACGCCAGUAAAGGUAAAAGGAAAGUUUCUUCAUGACAGAGAAAUACUCAUUGGGCCAAGAGCAUUGAUAGAGCAAGACUCACCAAUACCCAGGACUGGGUCCCUAGUGUCUGAUCCAAAAAGAAAUCAAGGAUGGCUUGUGAUAACUCCAUUUAUGUUGUCCGAUACUAAGGAAAUAAUCCUGAUCAACCGUGGCUGGAUUCAUCAAAGUCUGCGACCCAAAGAGAAACGCAAGCCCUCAAUGAUAGAUGGGGAAGUGGAGCUCGUUGGUGUGGUCAGAUUGACCGAAAAACGGGCACCGUUCAUGCCUAAGAACACACCAGAAAAGGGCUCAUGGUUCUCCAGAGAUCUAGAGCAGAUGAGCAGCUAUCUCGGCUGUGCUCCCGUCUGGCUGGACGCUCGAGGCAUUCCCGACCCCCCCGAAGGAUGGCCAAUCCCCAACCAAACUAGAGUGACUCUCAGAAAUGAACAUCUUUCUUACAUUGUAACUUGGUAUUCCCUAUCAAUACUAACAGCAAUCAUGUGGCACCGUUAUUUUGUUAAGAAGUUGCCUUUAAUGUAAAUAAGAUGUUUAUGUCAUAGGUGCCAUCUAUACGAUCAAUUAAAUUGAACAAUAUAACGAUAAAAAAAAUUGUGCAAAAAAAAUGUUAGUCGCUCAAAUUCUUUACGGAAUUUUCAAUAUUAUCCCUCCAAUAAGUUGGCACAGUUCAUAAUAUUGUGCAAUUCAAUUGAUCGUCUAGCUACCGUGCAGUAAAUUGCAUUUUUUAAGAAUAAUUAAAACUGUAUUUAAAUCUGUGUACAUAUAAAGUAAUCAUAAGGAUUUUACGGUAGAUUGUUUUUAAAUAAAUAUUGUAGUAAGAA